AACCAUCACUACUUGUUCUACAAGUUUAAUUAUCUCAUUCUUAUUCCACACACCUUUCAUUUUCUCUCUCAUUUCUUCUUCUUCUUCUUCUUCUAUCAUCUAAACCCACCAAAACCCUCUCUCUCUCUCUCUCUCUCUCUCUCUCUCUCUCUCUCUGCACCUAUAAACUAUAGAUCAAAUCAACCAACCCUAUCUUAUCUAUCUAACUAUCUAUACUAUACAGAGAGGUGUUAAUAAUAUGGAGGAGGAUUAUGAGAUUGGAUCUUAUUUUCCUAGCUAUUCUUUAUCUAGUGUGUUUGAUUUAUCUGAAGAUAAGAGUUCUUCUGUUGGUGGGUUUAUGGAGUUAUUGGGUGUGCAGAAUAUGAGUAGUAUGUUUGAUUAUCCUGUGGAUGAUGCAGUAGUAAAGGAAACAUCUUUGGAGAAGAAAGAGUGUUCAGAGGUUUUUAAUAGUAAUAGUAUUAGUCAACAACCAGCUACUCCUAACUCUUCUUCCAUUUCAUCUGCUUCUAGUGAAGCAAUCAAUGAUGAACAAACUAAAACUGUUGACCAAGCUAAUAAUCAACUCAACAAACAGUUGAAGGCUAAGAAAACAACAAAUCAGAAGAGACAGAGAGAAGCAAGAAUCGCUUUCAUGACUAAAAGCGAGGUGGAUCAUCUGGAAGAUGGGUACAGAUGGAGAAAGUACGGACAAAAAGCUGUUAAAAAUAGCCCCUUUCCCAGGAGCUAUUAUCGUUGCACCAGUGUUUCAUGUAAUGUGAAGAAACAUGUGGAGAGGUCUUUGAAUGAUCCAACCAUUGUAGUGACAACCUAUGAAGGAAAACACACUCAUCCAAAUCCAGUUAUGGCUCGUUCUUCAUCUGUUCAUGCUGGAUCUCUAUUACCAUCACCUGAAUGCACCACUAACUUUGUCUCUUAUCAAAACUAUAAUAUGUCUCAAUAUUAUAAUCAGCAGCGUCAACAAGCCGUUUUUAGUAAUUUGUCAUCUUUGGGUUUCACUUCAAAGAAUGCUGCUCAAGAGAGAUCACUUUGUAAUAAUCCAAGGUUAAUGGACAAUGGCCUUCUUCAAGAUGUUGUUCCUUCACAUAUGUUCAAGGAGGAGGAGUAGAUCAUUAUAUAUAAAUCCAUCAUAUUCAUAUCACUGCUUCUGUUUGAUUUCUUAAUCUUAUGCUACUGAUCAAUCACUUUUUGUAGCUAGAUGAUAUAGAAGAGUUAGAUGAGAAUUACUCUAUUAGUGAUUAUCAUAUAUACUUCUAAACCCAUAUUUAUCUUUUUUGCACAGAUAGGUCUUAUCAUUUUUUUUAUGACUCACAUGUCAUGUCAACAUCAGAUAGGCUUUAUCAUUAAUAUUACCAUAACACAUGCUAUGAAUUUUGAUCAAAUUUCUCGCA